AUGUUGAUUUUACCUGAAGAUUUGAAGCCGAAUAGCUCUUCAAUAACAAAUUCCUUCUCGACCUUGCACUACCGCGUUAAUGAAACAUUGCGUAUACCAAGCUUGAAGGACAAUUCAGAACUAGAAAUGGCAACAGACUUGGCUACCCAAUUCAAAUGGAGGAAUUUGAAGCAGGGCAAUAUGAAAAUGACAAGGUUAAACGGGGAGUUCUUCGUAGAUCAUGGCAGACAACGGUUGUUAUCUGGAAAUCUAGAGUCCUCGGAGAGUAGACCGCUGGUACAUUGGGGUUCACCCAGUUUGGAAAAGCUUCUGCUGGUGUUAUCAACCAGGGGCAUCAAGGCAACGCUUGGGGAAGCACCAAGUGGUUCUGAAUCAAGAAGUGCUUCUCUAGUACACGUCCACCAUCCAAACCAAGCUCUUGUAGAAGUCAGAGAGACAAUCACUGUCAUUAGUACCGCUGACGAAAGUUUAGCCUCCAUCAUUUUUGAAGCAAUAGGUAGUGUUCUAGAUGGCAUCUAAACGAAGGUAAUAUAACUUUGUUUCAUUCAAUUCUUAUAUUGGAUUUUUGUACAAUCGUUAGUAAAAUUGCAAGUGAAUUCUGAAAAAAACACUUGAAGUGCUUCCAAACGUGCCUCAGUUACUUAUGCAAAGCAGUUGCCUUUGACAA